AUGACCUCAUUUGUCACUCGUAGCUCCAGCACGUUGGAGUCCUUGACGCAGUCGCGUCCGAAGGUCGACAUCGAGCUCGCCGGACAGGCCGAAGGGCUUGUCAGUUCAUAUACCACCAAGGAUCGUAUUGAGGGGACGGCAGUGAUAACGGUAGACCGUGAUACUCGUUUUGAUGAUGUUGACAUCACCUUUGAGGGGACAUCGAGAACUUCCGUGGAGCGUGUAGCGAUGCCAGGACGUACAGGCGCUUACCAGACAUUCCUCCGACUUCGCCAACCGAUUGAGGACUCUGCCUAUCCUAUGCCCCGUGUGCUGGAGGCCGGACGCACUUACAGGUUUCCGUUCACAUUUGUCGUACCCGAUCGUCUGCUGCCACAUGUAUGUAGCCACGCAAAGACGAACACCCAUGUCGAACGCUCUCACACCCUGCUCCCACCUUCUCUGGGGGAUCCCAUGUUGGCCAAUGACGGCAGGUCACUCUUGAAUGACCUAGCCCCAGAUAUGUGCCGGAUAUCGUAUUUGAUCCGGGUUAGCGUGCAACGCAAGCCAGAGAAUGCCCCGUCGAAGGCCUUGGCUUCGGUAGGAAAGAAGGUGCGGAUCAUUCCGGCCGUCGAUGAGGAGCCGCCUUUAAACAUCACGGACGAUGACAGCUACUGCAUUCGGAAGGAGAAAGACGUCAAGCGCGGUUUCAUGAGAGGCAAGUUAGGUCGACUAGUCGUCGCCUCGUCACAACCCAAGCCUGUGCAACUGUGCCCACCAAACAGUGAGGCCACUGAUUCGGUCAGCACCGCUGCGACAGUACAUCUACGAUUCGACCCCGUGGGCAAUGAGGAACCUCCCCGCCUGGGCACGAUCUGGAGUAAGCUCCGAGCAUCCAGUCUGUUCAGUGCAGAACCCUGGGGUGAUUACCCUUCCCCCCGAAAUGUGCCCUGGGCACAGAUAGGUCAAGGAUGUUACACCGAGACCGUCCCCCUUUCUACCAUGUGCGUGGCGUCUGCACAGUGGACGAAGCAUACCAGCCCCCGGGGACUCAGUCGCUGCGACUCGAUGGAGUCGUCAUCAUCCUCGGAGUCCUUAACCGGUCCAUCAGCGUCUUUUACCGGAGAAACCUACUAUACCGCAUCAGUCGUCGUGCCCAUCACUCUUCCCAAGACGAGAGCAUUCGUCCCAACCUUCCACUCGUGUCUGAUCUCUCGCAUAUAUUGCCUCGAACUCAGCAUCUCGUACCAUACGCCAAACGCCAAUAUCCUGACCCCGACGGCAACGCUAAAGAUCCCCAUCCAACUCACAAGCCGGUCUCGGUCCGAUGCAAAGACAAAGGGUUCUGAGCAUGAGAUCACCCAGCAUGAAGUUAAUGCCGAAUUCUUCAGCCCCCGCAGCGUCGCACCCCCGACAGUGGUCCAGGUGGCGCCACCAGAGUACUCGGAGAACCAAGGCCCAAUCCUGCCUCCUGACCGUUCGAUCGAUUUGAUGUCUACUGCCCGAGUCCCCAGGGUCAAUACUGGAGGCGUCGGGACUGCUUGUUAA